AUGUCGAGUUCUACAAAGCUAGACUUCUCCGAAGUGGAAACUUUCCUGGAUAAUCAUCCAGAUCUUUUUGAAGACUACUUGCUGAGGAAAGGCAAAUAUAGCGCGGUGGAGAAAUGGCUCAAGCAGCAUCAUCUCAGCAAAACCCCACCGACUCCCACUUCGGGGGAGAAGGGCACUGCCGCUAAGGAGUGCUGGGUGACCAAAGGAGAUGGCGUGCAGAGGAGACCCUCCCAGCGGGAACUCAGAAAAAACUUUGCCAGAUCUAAGGCGAUGACCGUCAACAGGACUUACGACGAGCAUGUGAACUCCAGGGACAAGGAACCACUCUCCAGCAUGAGGAGGCGAGCUCUCCUCAGGAAAGCCAGCUCGCUACCUCCCACCACAGCCCACAUCUUGAGCGCCUUAUUGGAAUCUCGGGUCAAUAUCCCCCAGUAUGCAUCCACGGCGAUCGACUAUAAAUGUGAACCCAGGGAUACCAACGAGAGAGAAUUCUUUCUGGAACUCGUCAAAGACAUCUCCAAUGACUUGGACCUGACCAGCCUGAGCUACAAAAUCCUCAUUUUUGUCUGUAUCCUUGUCGAUGCCGACCGAUGCUCCUUGUUCCUUGUGGAAGGAACUUCCAAUAAAAAGACUCUAGUAUCCAAAUUCUUCGAUGUGCACGCAGGGACCACAGUGCUACCUUCGUGCAGUAUGGAAAACUCGAACGAAGUGCAGGUCCCCUGGGGGAAAGGAAUCAUUGGUUAUGUGGCGGAACACGGGCAGACGGUCAAUAUUCCUGAUGCUUACCAGGUUCAUUCAAUUAACACUUCGAAGAACAUCUCCAGAGGGUCUCCAGAGGACCGUCGCUUCAGAGAUGAAAUAGAUAAAUUGACCGGAUACAAGACAAAAUCCCUUUUGUGCAUGCCAAUUCAAAACAGCGAUGGUGAGAUUAUUGGUGUAGCCCAAGCUAUAAACAAAAAUCCAGGAGGAGCUCCCUUCACUGAGGAUGAUGAAAAGGUGCUGGGGAUGUACCUCCCAUUUUGCGGAAUUGCAAUUUCAAAUGCUCAGUUGUUUGCUGCUUCCCGAAAGGAGUAUGAUAGGAGCAGGGCUUUGCUGGAAGUAGUCAAUGACUUAUUUGAAGAACAAACAGAUUUGGAAAAAAUCGUGAGGAAAAUAAUGCACCGAGCGCAGACAUUGCUGAAAUGUGAACGCUGUUCUGUCCUGCUCCUGGAAGACAUUGAGUCUCCAGUGGUAAAGUUUACAAAAUCAUUUGAACUCUUGUCCCCCAAGUGCAGUGCAGAUGCUGAAAACAGCUUUAAAGACAGCAUAGAAAAAUCAUCCUAUUCAGAUUGGCUAAUUAACAACAGCAUUGCUGAGCUUGUAGCUUCAACAGGUCUCCCAGUGAACAUCAGUGAUGCAUAUCAAGAUCCACGGUUCGACGCUGAAGCUGAUCAGAUUUCUGGCUUCCACACCCGUUCAGUUCUGUGUGUACCAAUAUGGAACAGUGCCCAUCAGAUAAUUGGUGUGGCACAGGUCCUCAAUAGGCUUGAUGGAAAGCCAUUUGAUGAUGAUGACCAGAGACUGUUUGAGGCAUUCGUAAUUUUCUGUGGACUCGGUAUCAACAACACCAUUAUGUAUGAUCAAGUGAAGAAAUCCUGGGCAAAGCAAUCUGUAGCUCUUGAUGUCCUUUCAUAUCAUGCUACAUGUUUAAAGACUGAAGUAGACAAAUUUAAGGCAGCAAACAUCCCACUUGCCACUGAACUCAGUAUUGAUGAAUUCCAUUUCAAUGACUUCUCUCUUGACAAUGAUGCUAUGAUCACUGCAGCCCUCAGAAUGUUUAUGGAGCUUGGAAUGGUGCAGAAAUUCAAAAUUGAUUAUGAGACUUUGUGCAGGUGGUUACUGACUGUUCGUAAGAACUACAGGAUGGUUCUCUACCACAAUUGGCGGCAUGCAUUUAAUGUGUCUCAAUGCAUGUUUGCAAUACUGACAACUGCAGAUUUUCAGGAACUUUUGACAGACACAGAAGUUCUUGGUCUAAUGGUAGGCUGCCUGUGUCAUGACUUGGACCACAGAGGCACUAACAAUGCUUUCCAAGCAAAGAGUGGGUCGGCCUUAGCACAGCUGUAUGGCACCUCAGCUACUCUAGAACUACAUCAUUUCAAUCAUGCAGUUAUGAUUCUUCAGAGUGAGGGGCACAAUAUUUUUGCAAGUCUGUCUUCCAGGGUGUAUAGUGACAUCAUGCAGCUUUUGAAACAGUCAAUACUAGCAACUGAUCUGACACUCUACUUUGAGCGAAGAAUGAAGUUUUUUGAACUUGUUAAUUCAGGACAGUACAACUGGAACAUAAAGGAUCAACGAGAAAUGCUCAGAACUGCUUCCCUGCUCCAGAUUUCACCUGUGGGGCUCGCCAGCUCCUCCAUUCCCAUCCCGGCCAUUUUUGACCGUAAUAGAAAAGAUGAACUCCCAAGACUGCAGUUGGAAUGGAUCGAUGGGAUAUGUAUGCCCCUCUAUGAGGCUCUGGUGAAGGUCAAUGCAAAACUGAAGCCAAUGCUACAUGGGAUUAAAAGAAACAGGUGCAAGUGGGAGGAGAUGCACCGAAAAAGACAAGGGAGCAAAGACAACGGCAGCUGCAGUAUAUCCACGCAGGACAUCAGUUAAAACCCCAGGCAUCGGCUUGUGAGGAUCAGCUUGACUUGGCCAUAAUUCAACUGGAUCAAAAAUUCUUCAGUUGUGAUUUGCAAGGGUGAUUGGCACAGCUGAAAUCCCCACUGAGUUGCUGCAGGAUGCAGCAUCCCUUUGCUCCCAAUUGAGAGAGAGAAAACAAUAAAUAAGUAAUGCAAUGCAACUAUCCAGUUGAAUGCUUCCAUCUGAAAAAAAACUGUUAGGAAGUGCAGAAAGUUUCUUCAGUGGUGCACAGAUAAUGUAGCUUCAUCCAGCGGUACUAGUUGCUAAGGGUUUGCUGUCUUCUGCAAAAAAGUAUGAACAUGAUAAGCAGGUUUAAUGAACAUCUAUUAUUUAAACACCAGGAUAGAGGACUGGAGUUUUCUGUGCAUCCUUUGUUAUUCUGCAUCAGCCAAAUCUGCUAUAAGCCAGUUAUUGCCUGCCUCUAUGUUCUCGUAAUGCUGGAAUGUUCUUGUGGUAUUGUUUUCUAUUUUGCAGAUACUUUUCUGAAAAGUUUUCUAUUUAAUUCUUCUCAAUGUGAGGAUGCGUCGAAAUCAGUUCUCUGUAGUGAAGAAAAUGUGAAUGAUAAAUGUAUGGAGGCAAAACCCUUUUACAUGCAAUCUUUGGCAGGUGGAGCUGUGGUGGUUAGGAAGUAUCUGUAAGAGAAUGUGAGAACACAGCUUUGCUUUUUGCUAAAAGCAAGACCAUUUUUACAUCAGUCGUGGUUGAAGUUGUAUGUUAAACAGAAUGCAUAAGGAAGCAAAUCAAAUCGGAGCUGUACAAUUAGCAGGCAUGGGAUUUUGUCAGCAUGAAAAAUUCAUACCAAACAACAAAGAUCCUUCAGCUCCAUGUGACUUUUCUCACAGCUAAAGAGUCAGAGGGAUCACUACCAGGGUAGAAACUGAACUGGCUACUUAUGCCUAUAAGUUGCCACGCUUGAUUUUAAGAACU